UGGUGCAUCGUUCUCCCUUGGUUGUGUAAGGUGCGUGAGGAUCCCACGCACCGAGAUUUGGUCGCCAUGGAGUACAUCAGAAUGCCCAAGGUGGAAAAUGUGCGCUUUAUUGAUGGAAUAUCUUCCAAAAGAACUGCAUUAGGGACUUUGUAUCUAACAGCCACUCAUGUCAUCUUUGUAGAGAAUGAGCCAGACAAUCGUAAGGAGACCUGGAUCCUUCACAGCCAGAUCUCCUCAAUUGAGAAACUUGCUACAUCAGCUUCUGGUUGCCCAAUGCUGAUUCGUUGUAAGAAUUUCCAGAACAUUCAAUUCAUCAUGUCUCAGGAAAGAGACUGCCAUGAUGUUUACAUUUCUCUGAUACGUCUGGCGCGCCCAGUGAAAUACGAAGAACUGUAUUGUUUUUCUUUCAAUCCGAAAUUAAACAAAGAAGAACGAGAGCAAGGCUGGAAUCUGACAAACUUAAUGAAAGAAUACAAUCGUAUGGGAAUUCCAAAUAAUUACUGGCAGAUCAGUGAUGUCAAUAGAGAUUAUCGUGUGUGUGAUUCAUAUCCUACCGACAUCUACGUACCCAAAUCAGCCACUGCUCAUAUCAUUGUGGGAAGCUCUAAAUUUCGUAGCAGGAGGCGUUUUCCGGCACUUUCCUAUUACUACAAGCAGAAUAAUGCUUCCAUAUGUCGGAGUAGCCAACCGCUAGCAGGCUUCAGCGCUCGAUGCCUGGAGGAUGAACAAAUGCUACAGUUGAUCCGAAAGGCAAACCCUGGAAGUGAUUUUAUCUAUGUUGUUGAUACACGUCCCAAACUCAAUGCAAUGGCAAACCGAGCAGUUGGGAAAGGGUAUGAAAAUGAAGACAAUUAUUCCAACAUCAAGUUUCAAUUCAUAGGUAUUGAGAAUAUCCAUGUUAUGCGAAGCAGUCUUCAAAAAAUGCUUGAAGUCUGCGAGCUGACAUCUCCUUCAAUGAGUGAUUUCCUCUGGGGGCUAGAGAAUUCAGGCUGGUUGAAGCACAUCAAAGCCAUUAUGGAUGCGGGCAUCUUUAUUGCAAAGGCUGUUGCUGAAGAGGGAGUCAGUGUUCUUGUUCACUGUUCAGAUGGAUGGGACCGGACUGCCCAGGUUUGCUCUGUAGCAAGCCUUCUAUUAGAUCCAUAUUACAGAACUAUAAAAGGAUUUAUGGUAUUAAUUGAUAAAGAUUGGGUUUCGUUUGGUCAUAAAUUUAAUCACAGGUAUGGCAAUUUAGAUGGAGACCCAAAGGAGAUAUCACCAGUUAUCGAUCAAUUUAUUGAGUGUGUUUGGCAGCUUAUGGAACAGUUUCCUUGUGCCUUUGAAUUCAACGAAAGAUUCCUGAUCCACAUACAGCAUCAUAUAUAUUCCUGCCAGUUUGGAAACUUCUUGUGUAACAAUCAGAAGGAAAGACAGGAGCUCAAAAUUCAGGAACGGACUUAUUCACUUUGGGCUCACUUAUGGAAGAACCAUGCCGAUUAUCUGAACCCUCUGUAUCGGGAAGACAACAACAGGACCCUUCAUCCACAAUCAGCUCCCUCCCAUUUUAUCUACAAGUUUUGGAGUGGAAUGUACAACCGUUUUGAAAAGGGACUCCAUCCAAGGCAAUCUGUUACAGAAUAUCUGAUGGCCGUGAAAGAAGAAACACAACAGUUGGAGGAGGAGUUGGUGAUAUUAGAAGAGAGACUGGCAAAACUUACAAACGGGCAAUUAAAUAAUGAGGCAAAGAUAAAAAAGGAAAAUGGAAGAUCCAGUGGCUACAUGGCCAAAUCACUCCAAGAUUACACCUCCAAUCUGAAAUCAUUCCCAUCUCGGAGUUCUUCACAGGGAGAUGAAGACUCAGCACUCAUCCUUACACAGGACAACCUGAAAAGUUCUGAUCCCGAUCUGUCAGCCAACAGCGAUCAGGAAUCUGGUGUGGAGGAUAUGAGUUGUCGGUCCCCAGGUGGAGGCGGCUUACCCAGUGAAGAUAGCACUAGAGACCAUGAUUCAGAUGAAGCUGUUUUUCUCACUCUCUGAGUGGUAACUUGAUUAGUAGAUUAUGAAAGACUGCCUAUCAAAACUUCCAAAGAAAGGGAUUUAUGCACUUAGAGUCCGUAUAUGACAAAGUAAUAAGCUUGAAUGUUUUUGCAUUUAUUAUCUUCCGUUAUUCAUUUACGGAGCCAUAUAAGAGUGAACAUUUUGUUUUACGUAACUAUUAUCAAUAGGAUAACUAUGUAUAGUAACAUCACUCCAAAAGUGACAAGAAAUUAUGUCUAAACAAUGCCAAAGUCAAUCCAAUCCAGACCAAACCAAUAUAUAAUGUUAUCUUACCUUGACACCCAAAAAAUACUCAAAUGAAAAAAGCAAAUAGAUCUCUUCUGUUUGGUUUCACUUUUACAAUCUUGAAAAAAAAAUGUGUUGAAGAAGAUGGCCACAUAUGGACUUAAAAUAUUGUCAGAGAUACCUGCUUAUUGAAGAACAUCGAUGAAGAAAUUUGGAAAAUUAAGAUUGAAAUAACCAAAUCAGAUUUUCUAGAUUAGUUCUGACUUGAUUCGUAGUAAUAACACUUUCUGUUGAUGCCUCUGCAAAUGCUAUUUCCCCCCAUUUUUCUCUUCAAGUAGCUUGUCUUCAAUGGAACAGUUCCUGGUGACUGUAUGGACACAUUCAUGUUUUCCUGACAGAAUGGUCUGCCAUUGUCUUCUCCCAGAAUGUCCUCUCUUUUCUCCCCAAUCUGGGAUUAUGGGGAUCUCUCUUCCCUCCCAAAUAUUAAUCAGGACUAACUCUAUAUUGCCUUUUC